AUGCAUGAUAGAAUUAUUGUUCUUCUCUGCAAUUGCUUUGCUCAUGGUUUGCUUUCAAUAUUGAUUCAUGUCUGCUUAACUAAGAGGUGCGAUUGUGAUGAUCAUGAUAAGGGGAGAAGUGAUGGUGAGGCUCCGAAGUUGAGGAACUUAGAUGCUCCUUGCCCAUCCUCGCUGGGUUCUAAUGGAUGGGCUAACAGGGAAGCGUCAUCUACUACUUUAAUCGAGAGAUAUGUGGCAAUGGGGUUUCAAACGGAAAUGGUCGUGAUGAGCAUCAAGGAGAUUGGGCAUAGUGACGAAAAUGCAUUGCUUGAACUACUGUUAACGUACAAGGCACUAGGUGAUGAAGAUGCAUUGGGUAACUGCUCUACUUCUGGCUACGCCCCCUUUAGAGUUAAACAUGGUGAUGAUAUUGAUUUUGAGAGCUCAGAAGGUGAUGACGAUGCUGGUGAUACACAGCCCAACUACGGUGAUUAUGGUGAUGAGAAUUUUAUACGAAACAUGUCAGAGAAGGACAAGAAGAUCAACUCAUUAGUAGAUAUGGGCUUUCCUGAAAACGAAGCAAAUAUGGCUAUUACAAGAUGUGGUGUGGAUGUUGAUCUCUCUGUAUUGGUUGAUUCGAUUAGUGCGUCACUGGCUGCAGGAGAUUUUGACUUAUCUCAUCAGGUUAUGAAUAGACGCUCUGACUCCUUUGGAGGGACAAAGAAAAUAAGAUUGAUGGAAGAUAGAAAGAAAAAGAGGAAACGGUAUGGAGGUACAGCACAUGGCAAUCAAAUCUUCUUGGAUGGCAGCCAUUAUGAACAUAUGCCUCCCCCAAAUCCAAUGGUUGGAUUUAGCCUGCCCAAUUGUAGCCAACUACCAGUGGACAGAAAAAUUCCUAAAAAAGCUAUCGGGCGACCUUUUUUCUACUAUGAAAAUGUGGCCCAAGCUCCCACAGCUGCAAGGAAAAGAGGCUACAUCCACAAUUUGCCGAUUGAGAACAGAGCACCUCUUCUUCCUCUGCCUCCAAAGACGAUACUUGAGGCAUUCCCUCGGUACAAGAAGUGGUGGCCUUCCUGGGACACAAGAACGCAGUUCAACUGCUUGCGAACAAGUAUGGCAUGUCAACAGCUGACAGGAAGCAUUGGUGCUCUUGCAAGAACAGGGAAUCCACCGCCUCGAAAUAUUCAAAAAGAUAUGAUCAAACAGUGCAAAGAGUACAAUCUUGUCUGGAUAGGAAAGAACAAGGUUAUUGUAUUGGAGCCUGAAGAGAUUGAAUAUCUACUAGGUUUCCCGAAGGACCACACAAGGGGACUCGCCAGCACAAAUAGGUACAAAUCUCUCGGCAACUCGUUUCAAGUUGAUACCGUUGCUUACCACUUGUCAGUACUGAGGGGCAUGUUUCCCAAUGGAGUUACUGUGUUGUCCUUAUUCACUGGUAUUGGAGGAGGAGAGGUAGCUUUGCACAGGUUGGGAAUCCACAUGAAGACAGUGGUUUCUGUUGAGAUAGACAAAGCCAGUACGAGGAUUUUCAGGCAUUGGUGGGAUCAGACUCAAACAGGCACGCUGAUUGAGUUUGAUGACGUGAAAUCUCUUACUGAUGCUACAGUUGCAUCACUGGUUACUAGAUUUGGCGGUUUCGACUUGGUGAUUGGGGGCAGCCCAUGUAACAAUCUUGCCGGGUGCAACAGAUACAGCCGUGAUGGCUUGGAAGGCAAGGAAUCUGUUUUGUUCUACCAGUACCCCAGAAUCUUGGAGGCCGUCAAGGAAGCUAUGGCGAGGAUGUAG